AACAGAAUAAAAACUAAACUCAGGAAAACAAACACAAAUCCAAACACCGAAUGGAGAAAAAAUGAGUCGCGAAUGCGAAAGAGGCAGCACAUUCACAGUUGUUUGAACCAACCUCAAAACCCUAAUUCUGUCUCUAAAAUCCUUUCUGUUUCUCUCACUACAACCCGAUUCUUCUGAAUUCAGAUCGGGAAAAUGGAGGCUCUGAGGUAGAAGUCGUGAUCCGAAUUUGAGCGGUCACGAUGGGGUCGGACCCACCGUCGUCGAAUAUCGAGAUUAAAAUUCACCCUCGACGGCAAGACAACGUGGUUCAUCCUGCGGUGCCGUCGCCGAUGGGGGUUCCGGCAGCCUCGGCACCGCCGCGGCAGCAGCAGCAUUUGUUUAGCGAGUUCAGGCCGUUCAAAAGGUGGUUUCCGUGGAUGGUGCCGACGUUUGUCGUGGCCAACAUUGCCAUGUUCUUGAUCACUAUGUUCAUUAACAAUUGUCCCAAGAACUCAGUCUCUUGCGUCGCUGAUUUCUUGGGGAGGUUUUCGUUUCAGCCACUCAAGGAGAAUCCACUACUCGGCCCGUCUUCGUCCACCCUAGAGAAGAUGGGUGCUCUAGAAGUGUCUAAGGUGGUCCAUAGACAUCAGGUGUGGCGUCUGAUCUCUUGUAUAUGGCUACAUGCUGGGGUGUUCCAUGUACUUGCCAAUAUGUUGAGUCUUGUAUUUAUUGGAAUUCGGCUAGAGCAAGAAUUUGGGUUUGUGAGAAUUGGGUUGCUAUAUGUGGUAUCUGGUUUUGGUGGGAGUAUGUUGUCAUCACUUUUUAUCCAAUCAAGUAUCUCUGUUGGUGCUUCUGGUGCACUCUUUGGUUUACUUGGAGGGAUGCUUUCGGAACUCAUCACAAAUUGGACAAUAUAUGCAAAUAAGUUUGCAGCAUUAUUGACUCUCAUUCUCAUCAUCAUAGUCAAUCUAGCAGUGGGGAUCCUCCCACAUGUGGACAACUUUGCUCAUAUUGGAGGAUUUGUUUCUGGCUUUCUUCUUGGAUUUGUGUUUUUGAUUCGCCCCCAGUUUGGAUGGGUUAGCCAAAGAAAUGCUUCUCCUGGACAUAUUGCAGCUUCGGUCAAACCUAAACACAAGAUGUAUCAGUAUGUACUGUGGUUUAUGUCUCUGAUACUUCUAACAGUUGGAUUUACUGUUGGCAUGGUUAUGCUCCUCCGAGGGGUUAAUGGGAAUGACCACUGCUCCUGGUGCCAUUACUUAAGCUGUGUCCCAACCUCUAAAUGGAGCUGUAAAUCGCAACAAGUCUAUUGUGAGUCCACCACAAUCGGAAACCAGCUGAACUUGACAUGCCUGAGCAAUGGGAGAAGCAACAUUUAUUUAUUGCCUGAUGACAGCACUUCCCAGGUUCAGCAGCUAUGUUCUCAGCUUUGCAAUUGAUGUACUCUCAUAUACAUACAGGAAACGAUAGAAGAUUUCUUGAAGCAUACGAUUCAGUGCAUAUGAUCCAUCCGAUAGAAGAAUGUCAUCAUAUGUUUUUACCAAGUAAUUGUUAUAAUCGUUAUUUCUACAAUCCAUGUAAUCUUCUUUCUGUUGUUGGUGGUUCUGUAGUUUCCAGGAGGGUAUUUCUAAUGCAAUUCACUUUUAUUGACCAGCAACUGCAGCUAAAAUAGCUUGUGGCGUAAACUUCUUUGGAAGAUGCAGAGCGGUUGAAUUCUUGUUGCUGUUCUUUUUGUCACUCCACCUCUUUGAAUUAGACAUUCAAUGUUUUCGCCUAAAUCCAUGGUUCUUCUCUAGGGUAUUGAUUUUU